GUCCCGCGCAGGCGCCGCGCGCUGGAGGUCGUUGGAGUCACGGAGCUCGCGCCAUGCUGUCCCGUGUCGCGCGCCCCGCUGCCGCCCUGCGCCGCGGCCUGGCCACGAGCGCCCAGAGCAAUGCCAAGGUGGCAGUGCUGGGUGCCUCGGGGGGCAUUGGGCAGCCUCUCUCCCUGCUCCUCAAGAACAGUCCCCUGGUGAGCAAGCUCAGCCUCUAUGACAUUGCCCACACCCCAGGGGUGGCUGCUGACCUCAGCCACAUCGAGACCAGAGCCACUGUCAAAGGCUUCAUGGGACCUGAGCAGCUGCCUGAGUGCCUGAAGGGUUGUGAUGUUGUUGUGAUCCCUGCUGGAGUGCCCAGGAAACCAGGCAUGACUCGAGAUGACCUCUUCAACACCAACGCCAGCAUCGUUGCCACCUUGACAACUGCCUGUGCAAAGCACUGCCCAGAGGCCAUGAUCUGCAUCAUCUCCAACCCAGUGAACUCCACCAUCCCAAUCACCUCAGAGGUCUUCAAGAAGCAGGGAGUCUACAACCCCAAGAAGAUCUUCGGGGUCACCACGCUGGACAUUGUCAGAGCCAACACCUUUGUGGCUGAGCUCAAGGGCUUAGAUCCAGCUCGAGUCACUGUCCCAGUGAUUGGGGGCCAUGCUGGGAAGACCAUCAUCCCUCUGAUCUCUCAGUGCACACCAAAAGUGGACUUCCCUCAGGAUCAGCUGGUGAAGCUCACAGGGAGGAUUCAAGAAGCUGGCACUGAAGUUGUCCAAGCUAAAGCAGGAGCAGGCUCUGCCACCCUGUCCAUGGCCUACGCCGGGGCUCGCUUUGUCUUCUCCCUGCUGGAAGCCAUCAACGGCAAGCAGGGGGUCGUGGAGUGCUCCUUUGUCAAGUCAGAGGAGACAGAGAGCCCUUACUUCUCCACACCUCUGCUGCUGGGGAAAAACGGAAUCGAGAAGAACCUGGGGAUUGGCAAGAUCACUCCCUUUGAAGAGAAGAUGGUGGCUGAGGCCCUGCCUGAGCUGAAGGCUUCCAUUAAGAAAGGAGAGGAGUUUGCCAAGAACUUCAAGUGAGGAGGAGCAGCUCCCAGCUUCCUUAAUUUAUUGAGGCGUUGUG